UCGAUAGGAAAGCUAGCAAGGAUUACACACUGGUAUACAUAUGUAUAUCAGGGCAAGCGCACCAAAGUAAAUAUACGAUACAACGAAGAGGCUGACAUCGAUCCGGUAAUAGUCGAAGGAAGAAACACCUCCUUUAAAUCUACAACAGCGAGACACGAAUCCAAAAGAUAUUGCGAGUAACACCGUCGGGAAAGUGAGUUUCUCCGCGAAUGGCAAGACAAUGUAUCAUCGAUUUCUCAGACCUUCCUCGUGGCCGAGAGCACGAGCACGAGCACGAGCACGAGCACGAGCACAGCGAUCGAAGGCUGCAUUUAUUUGGGUCGUGGACACCGAUUUCGGAAAAUGUCGGAGAAUGAAGCGCGAUCUCCGGAAAAAAAGGAAAGACGGAGAGGUAAGACGGAUCCGGGCGCUAGCAGGCACGGCAACUUCAUGAAUUAUUACCAAUUCCAUCCUGCGGAAGAGCGCGUGCGACAACUUCCGUGUGGCGUGUGGCACUCGACCCAUCCGGACCGGAAAUACGUAGGCCUAGACGUUGGCUGUAACGCGGGGGAUUUAACAGUCGCGUUGCACAACUUCCUCGAGAAAACCUUAUCUACCGAUCAAGAUCUACCGAAGGAGAUUCGUUUGCUCGGCAUAGACCUCGAUCCUAUCUUAAUCGAACGGGCACGGGAACGCAAUCCACGGCCGAAUCGUAUCGUUUUCGAGUGUCUCGAUUUUUUGAUCGAGGAUCGUAAUGGGACACUGGACGAGUAUCUUCGUCGAUUGGAAAAGUCGCGCUUCGACGUUGUGUUCUGUUUCUCCGUUACGAUGUGGAUCCACUUGAAUCACGGGGACCAAGGACUGAUGGAAUUUUUGCAAAAGGCUUGUUCGAUCACAAACAUGAUCGUGAUAGAACCUCAGCUUUGGAAAUGUUAUAGAAACGCGUCGAGAAGGCUCAGACGCUCAAAGGGUGAAGAUUUUCCAUUAUUGAAGACGUUGAAACUCACUGGCGAUCCAGUAGCGCAUAUUGAACGCAUAUUGACUGAAUUUUGCAAUUUUCGAAGAGUCACGGUUACCAAGAACAAUGAAUGGAAACGGAGUCUAUUAAUUUAUAAAAGGAUGUGAGCUAUCGCUUCCAAGAUCGAUGAGACUCCCUAUGUUAAUUGAAGUCAAACGACCGAACGACGGAUUUUUUUUAUGCGAAUGCGAUUGGAAACAUUAAAAUACGAUGGUUGAAAUAAUUUUUGAUAGCUUUAAGUCUCUCUCUCUCUCUCUC